CAGUUGAGCCAAAUCAGUCGAACUGAACAGCCUAAGCAGCCAACAACAUUUACAAUGAAGUCUAUCGUGUGCUUAACUUUGCUCGUUGUCGUGACUCUGGCAAUAGCUCAACCUGUGGUCAAGGAGACAGUUGAGGUAAAGGAGGAUUUCGUCGUUAGCCCAGCUGCUUUGGAGGAGGUGCAGCCUGCAGCACCCGUUGCCCAUCAACGUUAUAAGCGUGCCACCUGCGAUCUGCUCAGCUUCUUGAAUGUGAACAAUUCAGCCUGCGCUGUUCACUGCUUAGCCAAGCGCUACAAGGGCGGCUAUUGCAAUAGCAAAGCUGUUUGCGUUUGUCGUAAUUGAAUUGUACAACUUUUCCCCCACUUUUCCCAAAUAAAUGAUUUAUCAAUAAAUUAAAUGAGCAUGCUCUCAUAUAGUAGUAUUAA